AGAUGUGGGUUUGUCAUAGAUUCCACACCAUCACCAAUUACAUCUCAACAUCAACAUAUGGCUAAUUCUCCUACUAUAGCAACAUCAUCGGAGGAUGUUGGAUCAGUUCCAUUUACCCCACAUAUGCAUAUAUCAACUACAUCUUCCCCACCUAGAGACAUGUUUGCUACCCCUUCAUCAACCACACAACCUCCUACUAUACUAUCAUCCUCUAUGCAUCAGAUGCCUCCAUUACCACCUGUUCCUGGAUUUAGAGAUUCCUCUUAUGGGAAGAUAUGGGUUAGUCCAGGAGCUAAGCAUGACUUUUUGCCUCCAAAAGGUCCUAGUAGGGUUAUCUCCAACAUCAUCAAGGCCAAGUAUGAUAGUCCUUGGCCUAACUGGACUAAGGUGCCACAAGAUUAUAAGAACAUGUGGUUUGAUGAAUUUAAGAAAAAGUACAAGUGGUUUCCCCGUUAUGAAAAAUUUGUGAGAGCUACUUUUAACCAUAAAGGUUCUGUCAUUGUUAAGAAUACAAUGUCUAAGUUACAAGCGGGUAAGGACAAGGGUGAGUGGAUCAUUCCUGAAGUUAGGCAGCAAUUAGAUGCUUAUUGGAGUGGAGAUGAUUUUAAGAAGAAGAGUGAUACUAGCAAGCAAAAUCGAGCUAUUGAUAAUGGAGCCUCAUUGUAUACUGGUGAAUCCAUUUCUAUUACAGUGCAUCGAAAAAGAAUGGUUCAUGAACUUAAUCGAGAUUCCACAAUAUUUGAUCUAAUGGCAAGGACAAAAAAGAAUAAGGACGGGCAAUGGGUGAAUGAUAAGGCAAAGGACAUAGUUGAUGAGUUCAUUCGCCAUCGAGAGAACAUCCAUCCAGUUGAUGACACACAAGAUGUUUUUGGUGAAUAGUCUAUGGCUGAUGACAAUGCCAUUUAUUUUGAUGUUGUCAAAAGAAGCAAAAAAGGGUCAUGUGUAUGGAUUGGGACAAUUGGGUGAUGAGUUUUUGGAAUCAACUCAAUGCACUCAACAUGAUCCUAAUCCUAGCAUUAAUUAUCAGGAGGUCAUUACUAACCUCAAUGCAGAGUUGGCACAAAAAAAUAUAACAAUAGAGUCAAUUCAAUCAGAGUUAUCUAGGACCCAAAACAUAUAUUCUUUAGCAAGUUGUUAAUCACUUGGGAUUCUCACCUAUGACAUUUGGUACUAUUCCAUCAAAUCAAGAUGGUGAUCAAGACAUUGGCCCUUCCAUUGAUGAUCAUGGUGACCCCCACACCAUUAUCUACCCACAAACCCACCAACUUAAUAUAGGAUUUCUUGUGGCAUUGUUGACUUACUAGUUUACUU